CUAGUAUCGAUAGUAGUUGCGGCAAAACCGAUUGCUUGCACUAUCACAUCACCACGCAACAACAACAUUAAGGACGACUACAGUCGGUGUGGUUACAAUAGCCACAACCAAAAAUAUAUAUUUGGAGCAGGCGUAGCAAAGUAGGAUAUCACAAAUCUUUUGUAAAUCAUUACAUUGAAUGUUUCCAGUGAAAACAUGUCUAUUACGCAGCAAACAGCUUUAUAGAUUUUGCAUAGCGCCACGCAACUCAUCAACGUAUUCAAAAAAUUUUCAGUACCAUCCUCGAUUAGAAGUACAACCGAAUAAGCAACGAAAUAAACUAACCGCCAUACGCAAGUUUACAUUAGAAGGGGCUAUGUCGGCGGAGGUCAAAUACCUAGAUAUACCAGAUAAGUCGGAAAACGACAAGAAGCUAUACAAGACGCUACUUUUAAGUAAUGGCUUGCACGCUCUGAUUGUGUCAGAUCCCAGUCCCAUUCCGCACGAUGGUUUCACAUCGUCCUCGGAAUCAUCCGCUGAGGACGAGGAGUUGUCAGGCGAGGCCGAGACGGGAAGCAGUACAACUGAGACAAGUAGCGAGAAUGCUUCUAGCACAUCCACAUCGGCCAGCGCCAAAACAUCGGAGAGUGAUAGCGAGGAGGGUGAUGAAAAGUUGGCCGCUUGUGCCGUACUUAUUGACUACGGUUCAUUCUCCGAACCACGUAAAUAUCAGGGGCUAGCGCAUUUCCUCGAGCACAUGAUCUUCAUGGGUUCCGAAAAGUAUCCCGAAGAGAAUGCCUUCGAUGCGCACGUUAAAAAGUGCGGUGGCUUCACAAACGCUAACACCGAUUGCGAGGACACGCUUUUCUAUUUCGAGGUGGCCGAGACUCACCUGGAUUCCAGUCUGGACUACUUCACAGCGCUGAUGAAACAGCCACUCAUGAAGCAAGAGGCCAUGCAGCGGGAACGUUGCUCUGUUGAGUCGGAGUUCCAACAAAUCGCACAGGACGACGAAACGCGUCGCGACCAGUUGUUGGCCAGCCUGGCCACCGAAAGUUAUCCACACGGCACCUUCUCUUGGGGAAACAUGAAGUCGUUGAAGGAGAACGUGAACGAUGACGAGCUACACAAGUUGCUGCACGAAAUACGGAUGGACCAUUACGGUGCAAAUCGCAUGUACAUCUGCUUGCAGGCACGCCUGCCCAUUGAAGAUCUCGAGUCUCUGGUGGUGCGCCAUUUCGCUGACAUUCCGAGCAGUGGCGUAAGCGGUCCCACAUUUGCGCAGUAUAACUUCCGUGACGCUUUCCGCGAGGAGUUUUAUCGCGAGGUUUUCUUUGUCAAGCCCGUCGAGAACGAGUGCAAGCUAGAGCUGACUUGGGUGCUGCCACCCAUGCUACAAUACUACCGCAGCAAGCCAGACCACUUUCUCUCCUACCUGUUGGGCUACGAGGGCAAAGGUAGCCUUUGUGCCUAUUUGCGGCGACGCCUCUGGGGACUGCAGCUAUAUGCGGGCGUUGACGAGAACGGCUUCGAUCAAAACUCCAUGUAUUCGCUAUUCAACAUUUGCAUCUUUCUGACCGAUGAGGGUUUCAAGCACAUCGAUGAGGUGCUAGCAGCCACCUUUGCUUACGUGAAACUGUUUGCCGACUGUGGAUCGCUGCAGGAGGUCUACGAAGAGCAGCAGCGCAUUGAGGAAACUGGUUUCCGCUUUCAGGCUCAGCGACCCGCCUUUGACAACGUGCAGGAUUUGGUUGUAUACACGAAGUACUUCCCUCCCAAGGACAUACUGACGGGCAAGGAGCUGUACUACGAAUUUAAUGAAGAGCAACUGCUGGUGCUUAUUCGCCUUUUGAAUGAGUUCAGAUUCAACCUAAUGAUAACCUCCAAAACCAAGUACGAGGACGUAAGCUAUGACAAACAGGAAAAGUGGUUCGGCACCGAGUACACCAGCAUUCCCAUGCCCGAGAAGUGGAAGAAGUUGUGGGACGAGUCCAAACCAAUGCCAGACCUAUUCCUGCCCACACCGAAUCGCUUUGUCUCUCAAGACUUUCGUCUCUUCUGGCACGAGCAAGGCAAGCCAGAAGUGCCCGUCGCGCCGAAAAAGCUGCUUAAAACGGAUACCUGCGAGCUGUGGUUCCGUCUCGACGACAAGUAUGAGCUGCCCGAAGCCUUUAUGUAUUUCCAUUUUAUAUCGCCACUGCAGCGUGAAAGCGCAAAAAAUGAUGCCUUGGGAGCCCUGUAUGAGCAUCUGGUCAAGUUCCAGGUGUGCGAGGAGCUCUAUCCGGCCAUUACAGCCGGCCUCUACUAUCAGUUCAAUGCUAGCGAGAAGGGCUUAGUGCUGAAGGUCAGCGGCUACAAUGAGAAGCUUCAUUUGAUUGUUGAUGCCAUUACGCAGGGCAUGAUCAAUGCACAGACCUCGCUAGACGACUUUAUUGUGGAUGCAUUCUUGAAGUACCAGCGUAAGACCUUCUUCAACACCCUCAUCAAGCCACGCGCCCUUAACAGAGACAUACGACUGAGCGUGCUUGAGCACAUACGUUGGCCGAUGAUAGAGAAAUACAAAUGCCUGAAUGAUAUAACUCUGGCCGAUGUGAAGGAAUUCGCCUGCAAGUUUCCCCAACAGCUUUACGUGCAGGCUCUGAUCCAGGGCAACUACACCGAAGAGUCGGCACACAAUGUGAUGAACUCGGUGUUGACUCGUCUCAACUGCCAGCCCAUAAAGGAUCGCCAUUUCGUCGAGGAUCGGACCGUGCAGCUGCCUCAAGGCUCUCACUACAUUCGCUGCCAUGCCCUUAACGAGCAGGACACCAACACUGUGAUCACAAACUUCUAUCAGAUCGGGCCAAGCACGGUGCGCAUGGAGAGCAUACUUGAUUUGCUGAUGAUGUUUGUCGAGGAGCCGCUCUUCGACCAUCUACGCACGAAAGAGCAACUGGGCUACCAUGUGGGGGCCACCGUCCGCAUCAAUUAUGGUAUUGCCGGCUACUCGAUUAUGGUGAACUCGCAGGAGACAAAGACUACGGCACGGUAUGUGGAGGAGCGCAUUGAAGUGUUCCGAGGCAAGAUGCUGCAGAUACUGGACCAAAUGUCUCAGGAGGAUUAUGAUCACACAUGCGACUCGCUAAUCAAGCUGAAGAUGGUCGCGGAUAUGGCGCUGAGCAGCGAGGUGACGCGCAACUGGGACGAGAUCCUCAAUGAGAACUACAUGUUCGACCGCAGACGUAAGCAGAUCGAAGUGCUGCGCGUGCUGAGCAAGAACGAGAUAGUUGCAUUCCUUUUGGACAACGAGAUCACAAAUCUGCGCAAGCUAUCGGUGCAGGUCAUUGGCCACCGGCCCUUCGGCAUGCCCGAGCCAGUGGCAGCGCCAAUUGUGCCUGGAUCAGAGCCAGCCGGCGGUGGAGACGAGGAUGCCAUGGCACAGGAAGAUGGAGCUCUAUCCAAUGGCGACUAUACCGAAGACGAUGUUGUGAUGAAGGAUGCAGGUGCCGGAAACGACGAGCUGUUUACCGCACUAGCCAACAAACUGAACGUCGUAUUCAUUCCCCAAGAGGGCGAUGCCACCACCAUUGUGGACAUAACCGACUUUAAAGAAAAUUUACACGUUUAUCCAACAAUGAAGACAGACGUAGACGACGCUUCCCGCACUGCUCGCAUCGAGGAUGCGUUAAGCAAUGCGUGAGCUGCCCCCCAACGCCGCCGGCAGUGAGUAAGGGAGCGUAACGUUCUGUUUUACUUGCCGCCACAUCACAAAUUUUUGAUGCGCUGGCAUUUCUGUAUUUUGAAUUUUUACACCGAACCAGAGGCACAACUUGCCGGCGGCUCAACCGAACCACCUUACACCCACACAUUUGUUCACAAGCGGGCUGUGCCUGCAACCACAGCCCCAACGGCCUCAAAACUAAAUGGCAAAUUCUUUCUAUAUAGUUUUAGUUUAAAUCAAAUGCAAUUGAAACAAAAUGCGACGCGA